CUCAAUGUAACAUAUAAUAUAUAUGCAUGUAAUAUAACAUGAAGUUACCCCAGUAAUAUGCUACUUCAACUAUGUCUGAUACGUGUUUUUGUCCCUCACAGCUCUUUGCAGGAACAGAAAGAGGACCUCCGGAAGCAUCUGUCCUACACCACCCACAAGCUGGAGCUGCUAGAGAGCGAGUUUGACUCCACGCGCCAGUACCUGGAGACAGAGCUACGCCGUGCCCAGGAGGAACUCGACAAGUUUACAGACAAACUACGCAGGUUUGCCAAACCACAUAAUCACACCUUAAUCACAUUCUAUUGAUUUUGUGUUUAUACAGUAUGUCUGGAAAUAUACCAGACUGGAUAAAUAUACCAGACAGGAUAAAUAUACCAGACAGGAUAAAUAUACCAGACAGGAUAAAUAUACCAGACUGGAUAAAUAUACCAGACUGGAUGCAUAUCAAGGUAAAGCCCUACAACUAACACAGGAUACCUAUCAAGGUAAAGCCCUAAAACUAACACAGGAUGGAUAUCAAGGUAAAGCCCUAAAACGAACACAGGAUGCAUAUCAAGGUAAAUCCCUAAAACUAACACAGGAUGCAUAUCAAGGUAAAGCCCUAAAACUAACACAGGAUACCUAUCAAGGUAAAGCCCAAAAACUAACACUGGAUAGAUAGUCCCCUGUAGCUCAGUUGGUAGAGCAUGGCGCUUGCAAAGCCAGGGUUGUGGGUUCGUUUCCCACGGUGGGCCAGUAUGAAAAUGUAUGCACUCACUAACUGUAAGUCGCUCUGGAUAAGAGCAUCUGCUAAAUGACUAAAAUGUAAAUGUAAAGCCCAAAAACUAACACUGGAUACAUAUCAAGGUAAAGCCCUAAAAUAAACACAGGACUACAUUAUCAUGACGGAUACAUAGCAUAGACAUCAUUAAUCCAAUGGGUGCUAAAAGUGUUCAAUUAUUAAUAGUGUGAGUUGGUAAGCCGGUGUCAUUGUUUGUCUUCUGGUAGAAUACAAAGCAGCUACUCAGCACUGCAGAGGAUCAACCAGGACCUGGAGGAUAAGAUCCAUAGAAAUGUAAGUGAAGUGUGUGCAUGCGCAUAAGUGCAUACAUGUUUGUGUACACCUGUAGUUGUGUGUGUCCAUGCACACUUGUCUAAGCAAGCAGUGGUCGUUACUCUUUAGGAAAGGCAGUGAAAAGCACAGAACAGUGGAUUUGAAUAUGAAUACACAAGCUGUUGGUACCACUGACGUUAAUUACAGCCUAUUUCAAUGGGCUGUCCUCCUUCCUGUGGCAGUAGCAUAGCGAGCCCAUUGUUCUGAGCUAGCCUUGCGACUUACAUCUUUUGUCAGAUGGCAAAAGAAAGGAUACAAUUAACAAGCCUGCCAUUCCAGCAUUGUAUGAUCAUCAUGUGUCUUCUUCCUCGCUAUGAAUAGACAGCUGAAUAUGUCCCUCUCUGAAUGUGUUAAGCAAAAGAUAAUCAUGAUCACAAAGAGCUGGAACAUUAAGACGGCGCAGGCUGAUAGCGAGGAGGAGUGGAGAGGGUCUUCGUUUCAUGGAACGUAGAGGGACUGAAUAAUUUAUCAAAACGCAUACGUCUUUUUAUAUUGGAUGUCAAGCUGUGAAUCCUUAUCAUUUGUAUGUCUAUUCAGCUCAGAUGCUCCCUCUUCAGGGGUUAUCAAGUUGAUGAUGUAGUUAUCGUCAGUAGAUCAUUCACUCACUUUUUUACACAUCACAAACUACCGAUCUGAGUUUAAUACAGUUCGGAAAAAGACAAAAAACAAAAACGUAUUACAUUUAUUAACAUUUUCAAACAAAAUCAAACCUACAUAGAAUACAAUAGAAAGGCACACACAAAUUCCAACAAACAUCAAUGACAUCACACCUGCUCAAAACCACAUGUUCCCACCGCAUCCAUACCCAUCCUAUUUGUCUCACUCCAACAUUUACUCUCAUUCUUCAUACCUUGGGUGUUUCCAGUGCUUGUAACACUCUAUGCCAUAUGGCCUCAAAUUGAGCUAUUCUAUUUCUCUCUGUAGCCCACACUUUUUCAAUAUUGAAAUAAUUUUCAGUUGCAAGGAUUUGUAUAUCUUACCUAUCACAUUAGUAUCCUUUUCUGACUUUAAUAGGAUUCCCUCAACAUUGCUCGGAUGUCCAAAAGAUAUCAAAUCAACAUUUUGUGAUGUUUUCCCAUUUCAAGAGCGUUAAAUAUUUAUUUACUAUAGUAAGUGCCUAUUAAGUGCCAAAUAAAGUAACAGGGUUGACCAUAACAGGGUUGACCGUAACAGGGUUGACCAUAACAGGGUUGACCGUAACAGGGUUGACCAUAACAGGGUUGACGAUUUCCUCCUAAAUCAGCCAUAAAAUCCCUUCUGUUUUGUGUUCAACAGGGAGGGACAAUUGAAUGCAAGCUUCACCAUUUUUUGUAUUAUUGUUAAAACACUUUGAACCUGUCUAUGGGUGACAGGGUUGACGUGUUAUGCUCGACCCACUCAGUUUUCCACCACAAAACACCAGAACAUUGGCCAAAAUAGUAGAACCAGCUCAACUGCUUUUACACUAUUAUUUGACUAUAAGAUGUUAAAUGUUUCUUUUGAAACAAAUAUUUAAAAAUGAAUAGUUUCACCAUAUUAAAACGGGAGUUCGGUUCACGGAAAAAGGUUGACCUUAAAAUGAGGGACAGGUUGUUGUUAUUUAACCUUAAAAUCAAUCACUAAUCACAUGAAAUAAAUAAUAAUCUUCAGAAAUGACUAGGGCUUUACAAUGAUAGUGAAAACUUGAGAAAUGACUGGGGCUUUACAAUGAUGGUGAAAAAUUUGAGAAAUGUUGGGGUUCAAUGGGUUAAAAUCUUCUGAGCAGUCACAGAGAGUGUAAGGAUGCUGUCAUGAAUUUGGGCACAGAUAUUUUUGAAUUUUCCAUGUGGUCUAUAUUAAAGAGAUUCUCAGGUACUUUUGUAUAUUUUUUAGCCAGUAGUUCUGAAAGUAGCGCUCACAAGCUAAAAAUGGUCACCAAAAAUUGUGUACUACGUCACAUGUGCAGAUAUGUGCACCAUGUCAUUACUCUCUCUUGCUCUGCUGUGUGUGCAUCUUGCUACCUGUCACUCAAAUGGGGAGGGGCUGAAGUUCAUUGGCUAGAACUCGAAUUGCUAGGGGACUGACAGAGGCCCACAGCAUUCAGAAAAACAGUCGCUUUCAAACUAGUGAUUUCUUGGCUAAUUGAGGUAAGAAAGUAAUUCUGGUGAUAUAUUGUACAUGUAUGAACUACACAUUGACACAUCCAGCCCAAAGUGGGAGGUUUAAAAAUAGUUAUUGGGAGCAUGGCUUUAAAUGGCACUUCAUUUAAUAUAACAUGCUUGUAUUAUUUGUGGACAAUUUCUACUUAAAAUAUCAGAGGGACGCAAAGGGACUCAUUUCGUGGAAUGACCCAACAAAGCAUUUACAUAACAUUUUAUGCACUUACUCAAUAAACACUUUGCGGCCUCUGGUAAAAAUUAGGUAAAGUAGGGGGGCAAUAGGAAAGCAUGCUUGAAGUACACUCUUAAAAAGAAAAGGGUUCCAAAGCAUUCUUCGGCUGUACCCAUAGGAGAACCCUUUUUGGUUCCAGGUAGAACCCUUUUGGUUUCCAUGUAGAACCCUCUAUGGAAAUAGUUCUACAUAGAACCGAAACAGGUUCUACCUGGAACCAAAAUGGUUCUACCUGGAACGAAAAAGGGUUCUUCAAAGGGUUCUCCUAUGGGGACAGCCGAAGAACCCUUUUAGGUUCUAGAUAGAACCAUUUUUGCUAAGAGUGUAGCUCAACAAAACAAUAUUUAGGCUACAGUGUGAGACGGUUCCACUAAAUAAAGGUAUUGUUUGUUAUAUAAGAUUUGACCGGAAUGUCCCAGGGAGAAACCUCCACACAUAAUCUACAGUUUGGUUAAUCUUCCACCGUUACUAUCAUAAUAAUAAAAUAAUGGAAUCACAUAUCAUCCAAAUAACUAUCAUCCACUUUCACGUUCAGAUUCCUGACAUCCUUCAUGAUGGUCACAUUCCUCUUCCCUUCGGCCUCAUCUGUAGAGUCAGGAAGUUCUGUUCUCCGGGUCUCAGGAAGACCAGAGUUCCAGCAGUCAAUGACAGGCUGCUGAACACUAUAGUAGGGAUGGACCAGUGGUACAUGGCCGAAACGCUAUUGACCCCAAGCCAGUGGCUGUUUGCCUGACAGACGUGGGUAACAGCUCCUGAAUGUAGACCAUGCAAACCGAACCAGCCCAGUUCCUGAAGAACCUUCCAGUGGUCGCAAGAGCAGUAAUAGAAACGGCACUGUCUUGUGGGACAGUGAGGGUGAGCAGACAGACAAACACAAGGGUGGAUAUCAGGGAUAUUUUUCUCCCCAAAACUUCCAAGAACCAAAUACAGAGAAAGUGAGCUGGUGUUUCUGUGAGUCUGAACAUCAGCUGUACCAGAAAGAUGUCCAAGCCAAAUGUCCCAACAUUUAGAGAGAGGCAGAAGGUUCAAUGCAAACCAUCCAAAUGAUAAAAUAAGGAAAUAUUUUCUUCAUGUGAAGUAAAUAGGACUUUGAUGCCUCAUUUAUGUAUUUUCCUCACCUCAGUCACCUCCAGUAGAGUAUUUGGAACUGUGCGUUUGUUGAUCGCUGCAACUCUAAGAAUCAACUCGUUAGCUUCUUUAGUUUUCCCCCGACCAAGUUACCACCUUUGUCACACCCUGACCUUUAAAUGCCUGUUGUUUCUCGUUGGUUUGGUCAGGGUGUGAAUUUCUAUGUGUAUAUCUAUGUUAUUGUAUUUCUAUGUUGGCCGGGUGUGGUUCCCAAUUAGAGGCAGCUGUCGAUCGUUGUCUCUGAUUGGGGAUCAUACUUAGGCAGCCAUUUUGUCUACCUUAAUUGUGGGAUCUUGACUCUUGUUUUGGCUUGUUUGUGUAUAGCCAUUGUGAGCUUCACGUUACGUUGCUUUUGUUGUUUUUGUCGAGUGUUUAUUCGUUCUAAUGAACAUGUACUCAUACCACGCUGCACCUUGGUCCAAUCCUGUACUCAACGAACGUGACAAAAGAUCCCACCACCAACGGACCAAGCAGCGUGGCCCGGAAAAGCAAGAAACCUGGACAUGGGAGGAGAUACUGGAAGGAAAAGGAUCAUGGACAUGGGAGGAGAUCCAGGAAGGUAUGGAUCGCCUUCCUUGGGAGCAAACAGAGGCAGCGAGGGAGAAAAGACGGCGACUCCAAAAUGCGAAUCGACGAAGGAGACCCGAGAGGCAACCCCAAGAAAACAUUUUGGGGGGCACACGGGGUGGUCGACAAAGCAGCAGGAGGCCGUGAAAGGGCUGACUGUAUAGGAGGAGGCCGCUAUUUUAGAGGUCCUCCAAGACCUGCAGAUCAGCAGUUUAAGAGAGGAGGCCACCACAUUAUGGGGGCUGAUGGCGAGGUUAGAGCAGGAGAGCUCCCUUCAAGAGGAGGCGCUGCAGGAGGCCCGUAGGGAGAAGGAAGUAGUGGAUGCACGGAGAGAGGAGCUGGUCAGGCAACAAAAGGAGCGUGUGUUCAUUGAGGAACCAAGGUAUGCGGAGAUACGCACUGUUUCGCCAGUGCGCAUUCACAGCCCAGUGCGUCCUGUGCCAGCGCCCCGCAUGUGUCGUGCGAAAGUGGGCCUCCAGCCAGGACGGGUUGUGCCGGCUCAACGCUCCUGGUCUCCAGUGCGCCUCCUCGGUCCAGUAUAUCCUGCGGCAGUCCUACGCACUGUGUCGCCAGUGUGCGUUCACAGCCCAGUGCGUCCUGUGCCAGCGCCCCGCACGUGUCAUGCGAAAGUGGGCCUCCAGCCAGGAUGGGUUGUGCCAGCUUUACACUCCAGACCUCUAAUACGCCUCCACGGUCCAGUAUAUCCUGCUCCGGUUCUACGCACUGUGUCACCAGUGCGCCUCCCCAGCCUGGUACGCCCCGUACCUACUCCCCGCACCAAACCAGUGGUGCGUGUCGCCAGCCCGGUACGCCCCGUACCUGCUCUCCGCACCAAACCAGUGGUGCGUGUAUCCAGUCCGGUACGGCCCGUGCCUGCUCCUCGCACCAAACCAGUGGUGCGUGUCUCCAGUCCGGCACGGCCCGUGCCUGCUCCUCGCACCAGACCAGCGGUGCGUGUUCCCAGCCCGGUGCGGCCCAUGCCUGUUCCUCGCACCAGACCAGUGGUGCGUGUCCCCAGCCCGGUACGGCUGGUGCCAGAGCAGUCCGCUCCACCGGUGCCUAGUCCAGUUCCGGUCAGCUGCUCCACUCCAGUGCCAGAGCAGUCCGCUCCACCGGUGCCCAGUCCAGCUCCGGUCAGCUGCUCCACUCCAGUGCCAGAGCAGUCCACUCCACCAGUGCCAAGUCCAGCUCCGGUCAGCUGCUCCACUCCAGUCGGUGCCCAUUCCAGCUCCGGUCAGCUGCUCCACUCCAGUGCCAGAGCAGUCCGCUACACCGGUGCCCAGUCCAGCUCCGGUCAGCUGCUCCACUCCAGUGCCAGAGCAGUCCGCUCCACCGGGGCCCAGUCCAGCUCUGGUCAGCUGCUCCAGUCCAGAGCCAGAGCAGUCCGCUCUACCGGUGCCUAGUCCAUUCCCGGUCAGCUGCUCCAGUCCAGAGCCAGAGCAGACCGUUCCACCGGGGUCCAGUUCAGCUCCGGUCAGCGGCUCCACUCCAGAACCAGACGUCAACCUCCCACACUAGGAUCCAGACAGGGCUUGGUGCAUCGCGGGGGGAUUGCCGGUCCAGGCCCAGACAUCGGCCCCUCUCCAGGGUCGGGGCCUCCCACACCAGGGUCCAGACAGGGCUUGGUGCAUCGUGGGAGGACUGAGAGGGGAAGCAUCGCGCCGAGGUCCAGACCGGACCAGGGGUGCAACGGGGAGGCAGUAAGGGAGAGGACGUCACGUCACGCCCGGAGCCAGAGCCGCCACCGAGGCUAGAUGCCCACCCGGACCCUCCCCUGUUAAGUUAGGUUUUGCGGCCGGAGUCCGCACCUUUUGGGGGGGGUACUGUCAUGCCCUGACCUUUAAAUGCCUGUUGUUUCUCGUUGGUUUGGUCAGGGUGUGAAUUUCUAUGUGUAUAUCUAUGAUAUUGUAUUUCUAUGUUGGCCGGGUGUGGUUCCCAAUCAGAGGCAGCUGUCGAUCGUUGUCUCUGAUUGGGGAUCAUACUUAGGCAGCCAUUUUGUCUACCUUAGUUGUGGGAUCUUGACUCUUGUUUUGGCUUGUUUGUGUAUAGCCAUUGUGAGCUUCACGUUACGUUGCUUUUGUUGUUUUUGUUGAGUGUUUAUUCGUUCUAAUAAACAUGUACGCAUACCACGCUGCACCUUGGUCCAAUCCUGUACUCAACGAGCGUGACAACCUUGCUGAUUCCGGAAUAAACCAUAUGUAAAUGAGAAACAGUGCCUGUUGUGCCACCAUCACAUAAUGGGCCAUUCUUCAGUCCCAGAUGAGGCACACUAAACCAGCCAGGACACAUUGUCCAACACCAGCAAACAUCUGGUUUAGACAGGAGGCAAAGGAUCGCCUGGUCAUUCCAAUCCAUUCAGUGGCUAAUAUAGUGCUGUUGAUCUGAUAUCCUCCUAGUGCAGCCGCUAGUAUAAACUGGCAUACCAGGUACACAUACAGGUUUGCAGACAGGCCUGUCUUCACAGUAAACAUGUGCAUGAGAAGCACUGGUAGGUGAACCAUGAACACAGUUUGUGCGACUACGACUAAAUGAACUUUUCUCCCCAACCCGAUCAAAAUUAGUGACUAUGGUGGUUUUGUACAGUAUCUUGUUGUAGACCCAUCCCUUCUGGCACUCAGUGGUUUGAUUGAGUCCAUUCUCCCUGACGGUGUUAAUGUCCCAGGCCACUUGAUCAACUAUCAGACACCUAAUGAAGGCUCCAUGCUGCUCCCGGGGCACGGUCAGAUUCAGCUGUUCCUCACUGCUCAGAUUAGCACCAGCUCUAAGGAUCCAGUCAGUGUUACAGUGGCGCUCAGGGUCUGUCUGGACAAAAAGAAAACUAGCGAAUAGGACUGGGAGGAUGAGGUUCGGCAGACAUAGUCCAAACAGUAUAAGCUUCUGGAACAAUCCAAAGUCUCCAACGUUAAUCAGCAUAUCGCCAAAUUCAACCAUCUUGAUUCCAGGGAGUGCCAGAGAUUCCUAGGACGUGGCAAGGUUAUUCUGCAUCAGUCAGAAGCCCCAGACAGUUCAUUGGUACAAUAUAGAAGCCACUACUGUAGAUGACGCAACUUAAUGUCUAACUACUGGACAAUCUUCAACUGGUAUGUGGAUAAUUCAUUAUUGGGGGAACAGCUGCACACAAUGCCAAGUUAAGGCAGGGGCUGUCUUGGUGAGCUUUCACCUAGUUGAGUAUUUUUUUGUAAAACUUUUUCAGAGGUACAAUCCGUCAUGGUGAAGCCUGUAGCUGUAAUUUCUGAUACGUUGACUUGGUGAAGCCUGUAGCUGUAAUUUCUGAUACGGUUGACUUGGUGAAGCCUGUAGCUGUAAUUCUGAUAAGAACACUCAAAGCCACAGAGCUUUGGGGUACAGGUAGUCAUGUGAGGUAGUCAUGUGAGAAUACAAAGGCUAAUAGCACCAGAGGCUAAACAGCAUGGUAUAAUAGCCCUGGUGGCAAACAUCAGCUAAAAGCAUGAUGGCAAGAAAGGCCUGAUGGCUAAAAGGCAAAUUCUUCUUCUGAGUCUCAAGAUUAUAUAGUCAUUCUGAAUUGCACAUACAUGCAUCAUUACAGAUGUUGGUAGAUUCAUUAAAUAGUACCCGCAAAACACCAGUCUCAACGUCAACAGUGAAGAGGCGACUCCGGGAUGCUGACCUUCUAUGCAGAGUUGCAAAGAAAAAGCCAUAUCUCAGACUGCCCAUCUUAAUCUUUUCUUUUUAUUGGCCAGUCUGAGUUUUGGCUUUUUCUUUGCAACUCUGCCUAGAAGGUCGGCAUCCCAGAGUUGCCUCUUCACUGUUGACGUUGAGACUGGUGUUUUGCGGGUACUAUUUAAUGAAGCUGCCAGUUGAGGACCUGUGAGGCGCCUGUUUCUCAAACUAGACACUCUAAUGUAUUUGUCCUCUUGCUCAGUUGUGCACCGGGGCCUCCCACUCCUUUUUCUAUUCUGGUUAGAGCCAGUUUGCGCUGUUCUGUGAAGGGAGUAGUACACAGCGUUGUACGAGAUCUUCAGUUUCUUGGCAAUUUCUCGCAUGGAAUAGCCUUCAUUUCUCAGAACAAGUUUCAGACUGACGAGUUUCAGAAGAAAGUUAUUUGUUUCUGGCCAUUUUGAGCCUGUAAUCGAACCCACAAUUGCGGAUGCUCCAGAUACUCAACUAGUCUCAAGAAGGCCAGUUUUAUUGCUUCUUUAAUCAGCACAACAGUUUUUAGCUGUGCUAACAUAAUUGCAAAAGGGUUUUCUAAUGAUCAAUUAGCCUUUUAAAAUGAUAAACUUGGAUUAGCAAACACAAUGUGCCAUUGGAACACAGGACUGAUGGUUGCUGAUAAUGGGCCUCUGUACGCCUAUGUAGAUAUUCCAUUAAAAAUCAGCUGUUUCCAGCUACAAUAGCCAUUUACAACAUUAACAAUGUCUACACUGUAUUUCUGAUCAAUUUGAUGUUAUUUUAAUGGACAAAAAAAAUGCUUUUCUUUCGAAAACAAGGACAUUUCUAAGUGACCCCAAACUUUUGAAUGGUAGUGUACUUUUAGAAAAUUUUAAGUUAUGUGUAAGCAAUUAAGCAGAUUACUCAUGAUAUGACAUUCAGCUUGGGUUCUCCUCCGUUCUCAUGCUGUGCCCCCUCCCCUAUAGUAAUAGAAAACAAAUGGGUCAUACACAAGCAAUUCAAAAUAGUGAUAAUAUAAUGUAUAAAAAAUAUAUAUAUUUGCAAAUUAUGUUCUAAUUCCGUCCCUGUAUGUCUGUCUAAUUUACAGCAGAUCUCAUCUGACUCCACAGCCCUCCCAACCAAAUGCAGAUCUCAUCUGACCCCACAGCCCUCCCAACCAAAUGCAGAUCUCAUCUGACCCCACAGCCCUCCCAACCAAAUGCAGAUCUCAUCUGACCCCACAGCCCUCCCAACCAAAUGCAGAUCUCAUCUGACCCCACAGCCCUCCCAACCAAAUGCAGAUCUCAUCUGACCCCACAGCCCUCCCAACCAAAUGGGAAUUGGCUACAUUACAUGAAAAAAAAAAGUUUGCAACGUGAUUCUGAUUUGAGUCUGACAUGAGUCUUUUCUUUCCUCAGUCUCAGCACCAUGACGACGAGAAGAGAGCCCUGAGCAGAGAGAUCAUCGUGCUCAACAACCACCUGAUGGAGGCCAAGCUGACCAUUGAAAAACUGCAAGAGGACAAUGUAAGGGCUAAUAUGGGCUCUCUCUAUCAACACUCUAUGAGGUCAGAUGUAGAGGUCAUCAAAAGUGUAGUCCCAACCCUCAAAGUGUAUUGUAGCGAAUUUAGCAUACAACACCUAGAGCGUCUUCGCCAAGAGGUUUCAAACUCUUUGUGUAAUAGCAAAGGUGUUGGACUGACAGACCUGAGUUCAAGUCCCGGGUACUGGCUCCUCUCCUAAUUCAAUGCUGUGUGUUCUUUAGAUUAACUCUUUAAAGCAUGUUUUCUUCUGACACAGUGUUACACAUUCUGUCCUAUAGGACCUGUACAGGAAAGACUGUAACCUAGCCACCCAGCUGCUCCAGUGCAACAAGUCCCAUUAUAGGACCCAGCUUUCUGAGGUGAGUCCAUCAACAGUACUACCAAUCAGACCAACUGGGUUCAAAUGUACAAUUAGCUUUCUAUCAAAUAUUUUGAGCAUUUGAUAGAGCCCAUCUAGAUUGCCAGAUAGGCAGUUUUUGUACUUCUGCUGCAUAUAAGCCUCAACAUACUGCACUGGCUAAGCUAAAGAUUAUUUUAAUUUUAAUUUUAUUUCACCUUUAUUUAACCAGGUAAGCCAGUUGAGAACAAGUUCUCAUUUACAACUGCGACCUGGCCAAGAUAAAGCAAAUAAGUGCGAUAAAAACAACAACAACACAGAGUUACAUAUGGAAUAAACAAAAACAAAACGUACAGUCAAUAACGCAAUAGAAAAUCUAUAUACAGUGUGCGCAAAUGUAGUAAGUUAUGGAGGUAAGGCAAUAAAUAGGCCAUAGUGCAAAAUAAUUACAAUUUAGUAUUAACACUGGAGUGAUAGAUGUGCAGAAGAUGAUGUGCAAAUAGAGAUACUGGGGUGCAAAUGAGCAAAAUAAAUAACAAUGUCAAUAACAAUAACAAUAUGGGGAUGAGGUAGUUGGGUGGGCUAAUUACAAAUGGGUUGUGUACAGGUGCAGUGAUCAGUAAGGUACUCUGACAACUGAUGCUUAAAGUUAGUGAGGGAGAUAAGUGUCUCCAGCUUCAGAGAUUUUUGCAGUUCGUUCCAGUCAUUUGCAGCAGAGAACUGGAAGGAAUGGCGGCCAAAGGAGGUGUUGGCUUUGGGGAUGACCAGUGAGAUAUACCUGCUGGAGCGCAUACUACGGGUGGGUGUUGCUAUGGUGACCAAUGAGCGAAGAUAAGGCGGGGAUUUGCCUAGCAGUGAAUUAUAGAUGACCUGGAGCCAGUGGGUUUGGCGACGAAUAUGUAGUGAGGGCCAGCCAAAGAGAGCGUACAGGUCACAAUGGUGGGUAGUAUAUGGGGCUUUGGUGACAAAACGGAUGGCACUGUGAUAGACUACAUCCAAUUUGCUGAGUAGAGUGUUGGAGGCUAUUUUGUAAAUGACAUCGCCAAAGUCAAGGAUCAGUAGGAUAGUCAGUUUUACGAGGGCAUGUUUAGCAGCAUGAGUGAAGGAGGCUUUGUUGCGAAAUAGGAAGCCGAUUCUAGAUUUAACUUUGGAUUGGAGAUGCUUAAUGUGAGUCUGGAAGGAGAGUUUACGGUCUAACCAGACACCUAGGUAUUUGUAGUUGUCCACAUAUUCUAAGUCAGACCCACCGAGAGUAGUGGUUCUAGUCGGGCGGGCGGGUGUGAGCAGAGUUCGAUUGAAGAGCAUACAUUUAGUUUUACUGGCGUUUAAGAGCAGGUGGAGGCCACGGAAGGAGUGUUUUAUGGCAUUGAAGCUCGUUUGGAGGUUUGUUAACACAGUGUCCAAUAAUGCUAAGAUAAAUUGAUGGCCUUAUGUCUUCCUCAACCCCAGACGUUGGAUUGUGUUAGCGAAGCUACACAGGGAGGGAAAUUGACUUGCCUUAAAAUAAAAUAAAUAACCCUCUUCCUUUAUCUAAUCAGCUGAAUCCCUCCUGACUUGAGGUAUGGGCACGAUGUGCAGGGCUGCAAAUAUUAGCACAAGUCUUGAUCCGUUCACAUCGAUCAAUGCAGGAGCCAGGAUUACGGGCUAAAACCUGGGCUCUCGACCCGAGCUGAUGCAGUUCCAAACAGCCUGAAUCAUAAGGUGAUUACUCCACUGAUGGAUUGCUAAUGAGAGAAAAUGUUUGACAGUGAUUAACAAUGGAACGCUAUAGCUACAUUAUGUGACAGGUGGGUGAGUAAUUGAUGGAAUAUAGCGAAGCACUAAGACACUAACCGCUAACUAUAUGAAUAGGGAGAUGGAGAUUUGAGGGCGCCCAACAGUGCCCAUGCUGCUUUUGUUGCCCAGCAGCAGAGGAACAAGUGAGUAUUGAUCAGUGCGUUAGUGCCAGGGCGGAUUGGCAAGGCUUUCCGCUGUAUCAGUCCUGGGCCUCAUGCAUGGCAAGAGUAGAUUUCAAAGCUGGCACGUUGCCUAUACCGUUAAAAAAUGCCUUACCACAUUUGGCACCAUGAGGCCUGAAUGGAAAUAUCAAUGCAAACACGAUUCAUCAGUUACGUAAUAAACUAGUGCUGGGUCCCCUGCGGUGUGUGUGUGUUCAUAUGUGUGUGUGUGUGUGUGUGUGUGUGUGUGUGUGUACUAUAUCACAGGAGGUUGGUGGCACCUUAAUUGGGGAGGACUGGCUCGUGGUAAUGGCUGGAGCGGAAUGAGUGGAAUGGUAUCAAAUACAUCAAACACACGGUUUCCAUGUGUUUGACGCCAUUCCAUCUGCUCCGUUCCAGCCAUUAUUAUGAGCCGCUAUAGUCCUACUUAUGUCCUCCAGCCUGUUUAUUUGUGGGCUGGACAGUAAUCAAAAGGUUAUUGAUGGAGUGUGGUGCAACAUGGUGUUGGAGUAUUGAAAACAGAGGAUCCAAUAACUCUGACCCCUAUCUUUUUUAGAUUUUUUUUAUAUUACUAUAAAAUAUUUUUCUCUGAGCAAUUGUGUUGGUAUAAAAUAAUUUACAUUCUCUUUUUUUUGUGCAUAAAAUAUAGCUCAGUAUUUGUAUUAUUUAUUUUAUACCGUCUUUAUCAGGGGAUCUAAUAAUUGUAUGUGUUGACAACUAAAUGGCUCAUGGUAAUUGGGUCUUUAAAUCAAAAGUGAAAGUGUGAUGCAACUUCCUUAGCCAAUGCAGCUAUAAUUAACUACCUUCUCAUUAAUGAUAGUUGACUAGAUUUCUGUUGAUAACAUUCUGCAAUUGGCUUAAUUCUUGUUGCUAUGGAGAGGUGGCGGCAACAGGUUUGGGAGUACAUUUCAGUUUGCAUCGAGAGUUGCCCAGAAGAGUAGAACCUGGGUACAAAUAUCAAACUAAUGAUCUCAUGAUGUACACUACCAGUCAAAAGUUUGGACACACCUACUCAUUCAAGGGUUUUUCUUAAUUUUUUUAGACAUUUUUACAUUGUAGAAUAAUAGUGAAGACAUCAAAACUAUGAAAUAACACAUAUGGAAUCAUGUAAUUACCAAAAAAGUGUUAAAAAAAUAAAAAUAUAUUUCAAAUAGCAACUGUUUGUCUUGAUGACUGCUUUGCACACUCUUGGCAUUCUCUCAACCAGCUUCAUGAGGUAGUCACCUGGAAGGCAUUUCAAUUAACAGGUGUCCCUUCUUAAAAGUUAAUUUGUGGAAUUUCUUUCCUUCUUAAUGCGUUUGAGCCAAUCAUUGUGUUGUGACAAGGUAGGGGGUUAUACAUAAGAUAGCCCAAUUUGGUAAAAGACCAAGUCCAUAUUAUUGCAAGAACAGCUCAAAUAAGCAAUGAGAAACGACAGUCCAUCAUUACUUUAAGAAAUGAAGGUUAGUCAAUACUGAAAAUGUGUGCAGUCGCAAAAACCAUCAAUGGCUAUGAUGAAACUGGCUCUCAUCAGGACCGCCACAGGAAUGGAAGACCCAGAGUUACCUCUGCUGCAGAGGAUAAGUUCAUUAGAGUUACCAGCCUCAAAAAUUGCAGCCCAAAUAAAUGCUUCACAGAGUUCAAGUAACAGACACAUCUCAACAUCAACUGUUCAGAGGGGACUGUGUGAAUCAGGCCUUCAUGGUCGAAUUGCUGCAAAGAAACCACUACUAAAGGACACCAAUAAGAAGAAGAGACCUGCUUGGGCCAAGAAACACGAGCAAUGGACAUUAGACUGAUGGAAAUGUGUCCUUUGGUCUGGAGUCCAAAUUUGAGAUUUUUGGUUCCAACCGCCAUGUCUUUGUGAGACGCGUUGUGGGUGAACGGAUGAUCUCUGCAUGUGUAGUUCCCACUGUAAAGCAUGGAGGAGGAGGUGUUGUGGUUGCUGGCGACACUGUCUGUGAUUUAUUUAGAAUUCAAGGCACACUUAACCAGCAGCCAACAAGUGGUCAGCAUAUGUGGGAACUCCUUCAAGACUGUUGGAAAAGCAUUCCAGGUGAAGCUGGUUGAGAGAAUGCUAAGAGUGUGCAAAGCUGUCAUCAAGGCAAAGGGUGGCUAUUUGAAGAAUCUCAAAUAUAAAAUAUAUUUUGAUUAGUUUAACAAUUUUUUGGUUACUACAUAGUUUUGAUGUCUUCACUGUUAUUCUACAAUAAAAAAUUUUUUGGGACUGGUACUGUAUGUAUUGUUUAGCAUCCAUGUUUAACUACAGUUCCACCUUUUAACUUCAGGUUAUAGUUUAAAGUUUAAUUCCCGUCUGUUCUCCAUAUGGUGCCAUUAUCAAUAUGUUGUUACGAAUGUGUUAAAAUAAUGUUUGUAGUUUCUAUUUCUUCAUUUUUAAAAAUAUUUCAUGAACUUUGCACUAAUCUCACCAUCUGUCUCUUUAUCACAAUGUUCUAUAUCUCUCUCUCUCUUUCUCAGUUGCCUGUUGAAUUCCAGGAACGCGUGACCAUGCACAUGGAUGGCUCACCUCUUUGCCACACCGCCUACGCCGACUCCGUCCCCGCCUCUGUUAUCGCCAAGGUGCUAGAGAAGCCCGACGAGGCCUGCAGCGGCAGCCAAGCCUCCAGCUCGUCUAGCCCCCAGCCCCAGGACCAACGGUUCCUCCUGGACACCCUGGACAGAGACGAGCGCCUGGGCCUCCGAGCGGCAUACAAGUCAGACCUCUACAGCAGCGACACAGCCCUGUACUGCCCGGUCGAUCAGAACCGCGAGCGCAGGCCAAGCAUGGACGUCCACAGCCAGAGGAAGCUGCUCUACGGCCCCCAGAACUCCAUGGACAGUAACCCAGAGGAGGGUCCGUUGUUGGGGCUGAGGUCUGGCUUCUCCCAGGAGUGCUUUGCUAAGUUCCCCACCUCUCUGGGCCCUACCUCAGGGAGCUCCUACUCCAGCUUCAGCGGAGGGGGCUCAGACGACAACAAAGGCAAUGGCCCCCCCAGCAGCACAGCCUCCACUCCCCACCACCACUCCCUCUACAUGGACUGGAGGGAUGGGGGAGACUAUGAGAGGAAGAGCAACUCCUCCUGGGAGAGGGACAGUCCCAGCGGGGGCGGCUUCGCCAAGGUCCAUGCCGUCUUCCAGCAGGCUGGCGAGCAUGGUGGAGCACACCACCAGAACGGCAGCUCGCCCGUCUACAGUCGCACCAUGUCCUCGUGCUUCAGCGAGCCCUACGAACCCCUCCCUCCCUCCUCCUCGCCAAGUGUUGCCUACGGAGACAGCCGCCGCGGCAGCACGCUGGCGCCAGAGGAGGAGGAGCUGAUUGGCCGCUGGAGGCAGCUGAGCGCGGAGGACAUAAACUCCCACUCAUACUGCUCGCCCGGCCGGGCCUCGCCCUACAGCUUCUCUGAGCAGCACUUCUCAGUUCAGCCCACCAAGAUCCGACUUGGACCCCUCUACAGCAGCUUCCAGGAGGGGGCCGACUACUACCAGGGAGUGGUAGGACCCAUCAUGGACCCCUCGGUGUGCUUCUCCACGCCCAGCCCCGAGUGCAACCCUGUGGGGGGCCUCCGUCAGUCCCAUCAGUCCCACACCCAGCAGGCCCAGCAGACCCAUCUCUACCGGGCCAAGGAGGACAGCCAGGAGACGGAGCACAGCCUCUAUCACUCAGGGAGCCCCAAGGACAGGGAGGGCAGCUUUGACGUGGAGGGGGCCGCGGGAGGUGGAGAAGCGGGGCAGGCCAAGGAGUACGUGGACAUCAGCCCCAACAGCUCCAAUGAGUCCCUAAACCAGAGGUCCCUGGAGAUGGCUGCCGAGCUGCAGCAGCUCUACCAGUCCGAGAUGCAGCCCCCUUCGCCCCCCCAGGGCAGUCCACCACCGCCUCCGCCACCACCUUGUUCCCCUCCACCGCAUUACCACAAUUUUGGCACAUUGGGACUUUCCAGAAAGGACAGUCUCACCAAAGCCCAGCUGUAUGGAACACUUCUGAAC